AUAUUUAAAUAUAAUGUGCCUUGACAUUUGAAGUGUACAUGGAAAUAGAUAUAUACAAUCUACGCGGAAGAAAAACUAUAGGGAUUUCCUGUUUGAUUUUUCAUUCUGCUGAUGAACUGAUGAAAAUCAUGGCGACUAAAGAUUCAAAUAAAUCAAAGAGCAAAGAAGAUCAAGGGAGAAUUAUUAUACACAAACACACAAAAGACAAACAAAAUGUAAUAUUUGGGGAAGACAUAAAUAGUCCAGGAAAUGCUAGCAAAACGAAACCAGGGUCAAGUAUGAGAACAUCAAAAAUAAAAUCACAUGCAGGGUCGUUUGCAACGUCUUUACCAACAACUAUUGGAAAAGCAAACCGACUAGAUCAAGGAAUUUCAAGAUCAAAUAACAAAGCUGAUAAAGAAUUGGAUAGUAAAAGUCGAAGUCUCACAUAUUUAUCAAAAGAACCAAACAUAACUGAAGUUCAGUUAAAUGGUGGAAGCACAACAAAGAUUUCAAUUCCAGGAUUACCAUCGACAGACACCUGUCAUGAACAGUUAACGACGAAAACAACUAAUUGUAUCAGCAAGUCAAAGCUGAGAGAAUCAGACGAUACGAGAACUGUCGAAAAAUCCAACAAUAUUGCUCCUUCACUCGCUAUCAUAAAUAGUAAUAUAUCUGGCACUAACCAUAUUUCAGCUAUAAGUUCGAAAUCUGAGGAUGGAAUAGCAAAGAAGUCUUUAGUCAAUAGCGUGUCAUCUCAAAGUGAAAGUUUUUCAGAGGAUGAUUUCCGUAAAAUGAAAAAUUCGACGGGACAAACUGCUGAAGUAGAAUGCAGAAAUUCUGGAGCAACCCCGAAAAUAUUAAAAGAGGAAAAGGCCUCCCCGAAACAAACCAAUACCGGCUCAAAUUUCAAAGAAGAUACUUCUUUUAUUGAAGUCUUUGCAUCAACGGAUAGUAUUGUCGAUUUAACUGUAGAUGUGAUACUCAGUAGUGAAGAUUCCUCAAUACAAAGUGGCGGUAUUAUUGCUAAAAUCAUCGCUGAAAAGGGAGGCCCUCUACUGGACGUAUGUAAAGAUUGUUUGAGGAAAAUGCAUCCGAGCAUUCUUAACUGGGCAUUUCAACCAACUCCAGCAACAGGAAAAUUGAAAUGUAAACACAUUUUCCAUGCGGUUGUACCUCAGUUUUCCAGACAAAAGCAAUCUAACUGGGUAGAUGGACUUGAAUCUCUUCUUUUUGAUAUCUUUUCAAGAACAGAGCAUAUGGGAUACGAAUCAAUAGCUCUUCCAGUAAUUGGCACUAGAAAAGGUGGUGCACCGAUUGAUUUCGUAAUUGAUUUAAUUUGCGCAAGCAUUGAUAAGUUUGCGACGACUAAAACGUCAAUCAAAGGGCUUCGAACUGUGAUGAUAGUCCAUCCUGAUAAAAGAGUGGUAGAUACUAUAGAGCAUAGUGUAAAAAGUUCAAGAACAUGUCUCCUUACGCUUAAACCUGUACAGUCACUGAAGGCAACACAAGACAAUGGAAAGUCCUACUUUCUAAGUGUGGUUGAUAUACAAAAAGACACGUGCCCUGUUUGCAUGGAAGAACUAGCGAGUUCAAAAUUAAAACAGCUUUCUAGAUGCAAGCAUAUAUUUUGUAAAAUAUGUAUUGAGAAGUGCUUUAUACAAACACCUGCUUGUCCAGUGUGCAACAUGGUGUACGGCAAACUAACCGGAAAUCAGCCAGACGGAAUCAUGAUCGAAUGCUUCCAAAAUGAUAUCCAUCUCAAAGGUUAUAAAAAAUGUGGGGUCAUCAAGAUUUUCUAUUCAUUUCUUGAUGGGAAACAAUUGCAAGGUCAACCAAACCCAGGUAAAGUUUACAGAGGAACUAAACGGACAGCCUACUUACCAGACAACACAGAGGGACAGAAGGUUCACAGGUUACUGAGACGUGCCUUCCAACAACGAAUUCUCUUUACGAUUGGCAGUUCUAGGACAACUGGAAAAGAAGACGUGGUCACAUGGAACGAUGUUCAUCAUAAAACAAGAAUAGAUGGAGGACCUGCUAGGUUUGGAUAUCCAGAUCCAGGAUAUAUUUCACGUGUCCUUGACGAACUUGCUGCAAAAGGAAUUACAGAAGAAUAAUUCUUUUGUGAAAUCGCUCGUUUUUGACUCCACUUGGGUAUCAUUGCAUCAAAUUGGUUUAUAAUACUGCAUACAUCUUAUAUUGUCUACGUCAUCAUAUGCGUUUUAAUUUCAAUAUUGUAUUCACUUUCGGUGUGGGAAUUUUAAGAGCAAAUGACAUUAUUGUAAAAGUACUGUAAAUGAGAGUCAAUGUUUUUUUUGUAAAAAAUGAGAGAAUUUUCCAUUCUUGGAAAUAUUUGUUUUUUUUCAAAUUGUUUUCUGUUAAAUUGCUUCACUGUUGUUAAUUUGACAAAUAUUAGAGAGUUUUAGAGAAGAAAUGAUUUAUGGUUAACAUACUAGUCAUGAUUUCUUUGAUCUAUUCAUUAUUUUGAUUGAAUGAAAUGUUUGUGUUUUUAAUGCAUGUUAUAUUGGUUACGGUUAUACAGGUUAUGUAGUGCUCAUUUUAUGUUUGAAUGUGCAUCUAUUUUUUAUUGUUAUUAAAUGAAUCAGAAAUUUAUACUUAAUUGUAUCAUUACAUUUUUUAUGUUGUGUAUCUUCUUGUAAAUUUCUUACCAUUCUAUUUUAUCAUAUUUAUACUUGUCCUUGCUUACAUUGCUAAUUAUAGUUGUAUAUGUCAAACAGCGAGUUUAAAAGCAUAACCCAUCGCAUAUUCUGUAAAAAUUCAAAUUCAUGAACAAAGUAAAACUUUUUAUAUUGUAUACAGGACAAUAGAAGACAAGUGUGGACAGAUCUAGUGUUAACAUGCAUGUCUCUGGUAAAUUAACGUUCAGAAAAUUGGACACUGUAUCAAUCAGUUCAUAUGUAUAAUACUAUAAUGGGUCUCCUGCACAAAAUUUGAAUUAUGAACGAAUAAACUAGUUUUGCCAAGCUCA